AUUAUUCUCAGCCGUACCCGAUAGUGUCUCGUUGAAUUGGUACUCUUCGAGAGAGCAAAGAACUAGUUCGCGAACGCACGACCGUAAAUUCGGCAACUUUUUUUUUUCGUAUCGUUUGAUCUUCUUCAGUGCAUGUUUUACGUAAUCUGUGCUCUUUAACUUGAAGUUCUUGCGGUUGCAGGAAAAGAUCAAAAAUGAGCACCGUUCUCGACCACGCGUCGGCUAUCAAGCGUCUCGACGCGCUUUUCACCGAAACCAAACUCGAACCGGUUCAGAAACCGGUUCCCAAGCCGGUUCCGGAGAUACACGUCGAAGUCGAUUCGAAGCACAACGCGAAAUGUGAAGUACACGGCAAAAACGGUCGUAGAGACUCCUUCGGAAGUGUGUUACACAUCACCAACCGAAGAGAUUCCUUGGGAAACGUUAUCAGCAGAACGACGGAGCCGGACUUUUUUGGACUUGGACCGAGAAGAGAAUCGAUGCCUGCUUUGAACAACAACGGAUAUUCCAGACGCGGAUCCCUGGUGAUUCCUCACAAUCCACCCAAAAAAGACAUGGAACAUCCCAGUCAUUUCGCGUCUACUCUAAGAAAGGAUCCGAUAGGCUCAUCGGGAUCAUUGCGCAAAGAUUCUCUCUCGCACCGCUCCAUGUCCGCCAUCAACAACAAAAAUCUCCUACAAGUGCCUAAUUCGAUGAGAAGAAACUCUAGGAAUUACUCGACGGACUCCCUUGACGGUAGGAGGAACUCUUGGGAUCCCGGCAGGAGAGGAAGUUCUGGAAGUUCUUGCGGAUACGAGGAACCAAUUUGGGAGGAACAUAGAAAGGUUAGAUAA